GUGGACUGAAUGAUCACUGAAAUCACCGAAGCCUAACAUUUGAUUACGACUAAAGUGUAACGUACGGACUCGAGCUGAUUUUUCCUGACCAUUCACAGUGUUCUCGGAUUGUGACUACGACAUUCCAAUAACAUCACGACCAUCAGCAGCAUAUUACUCUCGAUAUGGAAUACCGUAAUGAUAAAGGUGCCGGAGAUAGCAAAGAUGAAUGCAAGGACAAAGUCGCCAUACCUCGUCACCUUGGAAUUUUUGGUUGCAUCUGUCAUUUUGUUGGUCUUGUCAUUGGCACUGGGAUCUUCAUCUCUCCGACCGGUGUCCUUCGUGGUGCGGGAGGAUCCGUAGGCCUAUCCUUCAUCCUAUGGAUAGCAUGCGCCAUCAUUCAGACGUGUGGCGCCCUCACAAUGGCCGAACUAGCUGUCAUCAUGAAGAAGUCUGGUGGGGACUUCACCUUCAUCCUCCAGGCCUGGGGACCCCUGGUGGCUUUUAUCAGGCUCUGGGCGCUCGAAACCGUCAUCAUGCCGUGUGGAGCAGCUGUAGCAAUCUCCACCAUCUCAAAUUACCUGCUGACGCCCUUUUUCCAGUGCGAGGAAGUGCCCGUCGUGUCUUUGAAAUUCCUCAGCGUGUUCUUCCUCCUCUUCGUUCUGGCAGUGAAUUGUAUCAGUGCUCGUUUAGCAUCCAGACUGGCUGGGGUACUAAGUGUAACAAAGUUUGUUGGACUCGCCAUCAUUAUCGUAACCGGGAUGUACAACCUGUCAAAAGGUUAUACUUCAAAUUUUCGGGAGCCUUUCAGCUUGGCCUCAUACGAUCCGUCUCUCCUACCAACUGGGCUUCUGUCGGGGUUAUGGGCUUACAACGGAUGGAGUGUUGUCACCACAAUCACAGAAGAAGUAAAGAGACCUGCACGGAAUAUUCCACUGAGCAUCGUCAUAUCGAUGUCGUUGAUCACGGUAGUGUACCUCAUGACCAACGUCGCUUACCUAACGCUUCUCUCGCCAAAUGAGAUUCUUGCAUCCGAUGCGGUGGCAGCGGAUUACAGCAUCCACUCCCUUGGAAUCAGAUGGUCUUGGAUGAUCUGGGUUUUUGUUGCGAUGUCUUCAUUGGGCAGCACCAACACCGGCAUUUAUAAAUCAUCAAGGACAAGGUUUUCAUCGGCCCGAGAAGGUCAUCUCCCCGAGAUCUUAUCCAUGGUGUCCAUCUCACGUAACACGCCUCUUCCUGCUGUAGUAUCUUGUGUGAUCGCACUCAUCUUCCUCGUCGAAGACGAUAUCAUUGUCCUGGUCGAAUACCUUGGGUUUAUAGAUGUCGUGUUUGAAACGGUCACUAUCGCUAUCGUGCCUUACUAUCGAUGGAAGUACCCUGACAUGCCCCGACCCUAUAAAGUCCCGCUUGUGAUCGCAUUCGUUUACAUGGCGGCACUCUUGUUCAUUGCUUCGAUGUCGUUAUAUGCCAACCCCCUUAGGAACUGCAUCGCACUCAUCCUCGCUUUCGUUGCCAUCCCGGUGUAUUACGCAAUGGUGCAUCCAAAAUACAAACUGAAGAGGAUCCGGCCAUAUUCUGUGAAAAUAACACGAUUCCUGCAAAAGUUAUUCCGCUGCGUGAGGCAGGAAAAAAGGACAUUCUGAUCUUUUCGCAGGACAUCCUGGAUGUAAGGAUCUAUUAUGAAGCUUCAUUGUAAUUUUGCGACAUAAUCGUCAUUUUUAUUUUGUAUACAAACUCCGGAAUAUGAUCGAGCAGACAAUGGAUAUCCAAACAAACCCAUAGAAACCACAGAUCAGUGCUCAAGAUAUUCAUUAAAUUUUAAUUAUGGAUAACACUGGCGUACUACUUGGGUGGGAGAAUUGUUCGAAAUCGAAUAAAUAUUUCAAUCAUAGUUAGAAACGUGUUUCUAAACUUGUUUUUGAAAUACAUAUUUCAAUGUACCAACCAGAGUUCGUUAUGCAGGUUAUGGUAUUAUAAUAUCAUUUAUACGUACAAAGUCUACGAAAGCUUUAAUUAUUUGUUUCAUAUUUAUUUUGCUGGCCCGCUUCGCUCAUUGGCAUUUAUAUAAAGAAUUAGUUAUAAAUAUUUCUUUGCUCACUACAAUAAAUUCAUCACCAGUGGUCACUGAUGUGCUGCUGGAGUGGGGUAGAGUGUCUUUGAAAAAAGGCUCAUAAAUUAAAGAAAUUAAUUAUAUGGUAUUAUUUUGCAUCAGUAGUUUCAUUGGAGUUUCUGUAAUUUCUGUUUAAGAACUUUCCAUGUAUUUUGAAUGUCGCGCUUAUAUAGAAUUAUUUGAUCUGUGAACUAUCUUUUCUUCGUCAAAUGUAUUGUCUCAAUUAGAGUAUUAUAACAAAAUGAAAGGUUUAUUUAAUGUUCAGCAUGGUUUCUAAACGGUGAAGAGCGUAGAAUAAUUUUUAAUCCAUGUAUAUAGUUGCAUAGGGAAAUUCAGUAAUCGUGUGUAAUCGAUUACGUAGCUUUUCUUUUAAAUGUUAUUCAACACUAUUUGCUGAGAAAUAGAGGUGUUUACAACUGCAUGAUUGUCUUAAAAUGUAUUUUUGAUUCUUACUAGCUGUUUGGGUAUAAUACAAAGUGCCAUUAACCAUCACCGUCUCUCG